AGUGAUCAUACAAUUUUAAUAUUGGACAAAGCGGCAUAAACAGAGAACAAAGCCUUCCCACGUAAUUAGUAGUGCUGGUUUCACGACUGAAAAACUACAGUGAUUGGCCAAUUACAACGGCCUACACUGAACAACUCAUAAACAAAUGAUCGUUGCGUAAAUUUCCUUUCUCCAAGUUAGUCUGCUUUCGCCAGAGAAUUGUCGCAACCCAAAACGUAUACCAAUUUUGUUUCGCCAUAUGGUUACAUAGCUGUCUCAAAGUUACUCUGGAAAAAUAAUUAUUUUUGAUAUUUAGUUUGCCGGACUGUCAAAAAGCGAGACAGCUUUCAUUUGGAAUACAACGUGAGGGAGACUAUGAUGUCAAAUGUUGAAAAAGACUUGAAUGGAAAUGUGAAACAUAAGAAAACCUUGACGCGGUUUCCUGAAGAUUUGAUUGUUCGCGAGACUGUUCCCGGACAAGACAUCGCUGAAGAGCUAAAGUUAAUUGUGCAGAGCUCGGAAAACAUAGAAGUGAACUGCCUCAAUGAAUACGGCCAUACCGCGUUGAGUACAGCGGCAUUUGUAGGCAGUAUGAAAUGUUGUAGGAUUCUCGUUGAACUUGGAGCAGAAGUAGAAAAAAGAGACGAAGAUGGUUGGACUGCAAUGCAUUACGCCAUGGCAAAGGGAUAUUUGGACAUUGUGAAAUAUUUUAUUCUGUGUGGAGGGGAUUUAUACGUUAAGAAUAACGACGGCGACACACCACUGGAUUUUGUCGAAGAUAACGAAAUUAAGGAAAUACUAUUAGCGUGUUACGAAAAAUAUUCGCAAAGUAAAACCGAAGUGUGAUCGGUGCAUCUAGCGUGACUCAAAUGUCAGUUUUGUGGACUCGUCAAGAGUGAUGUCUUCUGUUGCAUAAAUUUAGAAUAGACACUCAUAUGAAUAUUGCAUGCCUUUCAGGUUGAUUUCAUAUCAGUUGUGAAUGUAAUUGAGGCGAUUUUUGCGCAAUGAGAAUGAGAGAAAAAUAUUAAAGGACUACAUAAACGUCAAA